AUGGGUCUUCUCAAAACUGGUCUCAUUGGAGCUAUCGGCUACCAGAUGGGCAAGAGGGAACAUGGCCAUCAGCAAAAUUCCACUCCACCUCCGCCUCCCCCGCAGCAGAACUAUUACUAUCCUCCGGGUUAUCAGCCACAGAUGAACUACACGGGUGGUCCUCAGCAAUAUCAACAACAACCACAACCCCAGCCUCAAAAUGGCUACCCGCAAUAUGGUCAGCCCCAAUAUGGCCAGCCUCAAAACCGCUCCAUGAACGUCGAGGGAUCAACGCCACCUCCAUAUGUUCAGGGUGCGAUGCCCGCCAACAGACCCGAUGAGAAGUCAGCUGCGGCUGGGAGAACCCCCUCUCAGCAGUAA